AUGAAACUUCCCUACGCCCCCUCAACCCCGGACCCCUCCAAUCCAGAAUCCGCAGAGAUUUACGCCCGCGUCGCCGCGCGUCGACACCCCCGCCCGCUCAUCCCUCUUGAUUUGGCCCUGCUCCAUUCCCCUCCCGUGGCAGAUGGGUGGAACAGUUUCCUCGGCGCCAUCCGGUCGCGCACCGUGGUUGAUCCGGGACUGCUGGAGCUGGCUGUUUGUCGGGUCGCGGUGCUAAAUUCAGCCGUAUACGAGUGGAAUGCGCAUGCCCCGCUGGCGUUGAAGGGAGGCGUGCUCCCGGGGGAGUUGGAGGAGGUGCGGUCUCUUCCGUGUACGUGCAGUGCAGAUAAUAUUCAAGGGGAAAUACUGCAAGGAUCCAAUUUGAAACCGGCGCAGAGAGCAGUACUACGGUAUACGGACCAGAUGACGAGGAAUGUCGCUGUGGAGGAUGCGGCGUUUGACGAGCUCAGGACGGUGGGAUUCUCUGAUCGCGAAAUCGUCGAGUUGACUGCUACUAUUGCGGGAUAUAACUGUGUGAGCCGGUUUCUGGUUGCGUUGGAUGUUGGAGAGAACAAUGGGAGACCGAUGAAGGAGGUGGGGGAGCUUGUUUCUACCGGACUUUCUGCAGGAGAGAAGAAAUAA